AAAAGCGUGUGACUGUGUAAGUCCUUGGCUUAUGAUGAUAAAACCCAAAAAUAGAGACUGACGAUCAAUCAAUCACUUGAGUAGUUGCAUCAUCUUGUGUUAAACCUUUGGGAUUUUCUUGAAUUUUUUCCUUUGAUUUCUCUGUCACUCUCAAAUACACACACUUCAUAUUUGUGUCUACCCUUUUUUUAGCCCUAUGCCGCUCUCACCUCCAACCAAAAGGUUCUGUGGGAUUUUUCCAAAUUUAUAGACCAUCCAUCCCUUUAUACCACACUGCAAAGUCUUGCUUUUUCUAAUUCUUUCGUUUUCAUAUUCACAAAUUUGGCAAAUUUUUCAAAAACUUGCUCCGCAGGUGUGUGAAAAAUGGUGAGAGGAAAAACUCAGAUGAGGCGUAUAGAAAACGCCACCAGCAGGCAAGUGACCUUUUCCAAGAGAAGAAAUGGGCUGCUGAAGAAAGCAUUUGAGCUUUCAGUUCUUUGUGAUGCUGAGGUUGCACUGAUUAUCUUUUCUCCCAGAGGCAAACUCUAUGAAUUUUCCAGUUCAAGGUAAGAUCUAUGUGUUUUUGGUAAUUCAAUUUUUUUUUAAAAAAAAAAAAUGCUGUUUUGGGAUUAAUGAUUCAGUUUUUUUUUUGUGGGUUUUAUGGAAUAACCAAACAUGUUGAAGUCUGAAUCAGAUCUUAUAGAUUAUCCACCUACAAAAUCUUUUUAAAGAUAUAAUUUGCUCAUUUCUGGCUGAUCAAGAUGAUAUUUUCUUUAUUGUUCGUUGUUAAGGUUAUAAAAUUUUCUAACCAAAAAUAAAAAAAAAAUAAAAAAUUCCAUGUAGGGUUAUGAUCUUUGUUAACUUAAGAAAUUCAAAUGCUUGAUGCCUCUUAUUCUGUGCUGUUCAAUCAAGAACCCUAUUAGAGUUAAGCUUACACUUUGACUAAGAUUUCAUUAAUUACACAAAAACAAGAGGGGCAGUACGGAUGUUGGAUUUUGUUACUGUCUGUUAUCAUGAAAGGCAACCAACUAAGCAUUUUUGUCGAGCUAAAUUCGAAGCCCGUUAUGUAUCGUUACUAUCUGAACCUCAGUGUCCUACAAGAAAACUACAGAAAACUAUCAAUUAUUUUUGUGUAUUUAAAAUGAGUAAUUUCAUGCGAUUUUGGACUUAAAUUUCUUUUUCAUAAGAAAUAAGUGAAAUCCCUAGAGUCUCAGAUUUUAGGUGUUUUGACUCCUCGACAUCUCAAUCUACCUUUUAAUUGUGCCCCAUAUCGCAUAAAAUUAUGCUUAAUUAGCUUAUGAUUUCACUAGCUACAAAAGUAUUCUUGUUCUAAAGUAUUGGUUUCUUGAGAAUUAGAAACCUAAUCCUAUACAACCAAAAGCAAUUAUACCACAAUAAGAAAAUAAAAAUACAAAAAACACGCAAAAUUUAUAGAGGUUCGCCUCAAUGUGAAACUAACUUUCGUAUAGUAAUUCAUUGUUAUGUAAAGUAGUUUACAAACGCCCUGUUUUUUCAUACUUCGUAAGGACUCUGUGUAACAACUAUACUUAAGCUUCACAAUUUAACAUGAUUGACCCCUUCUUUUUGAAACUCGUAUUAGCAUAUACCCGUGAUAUCUUUAGUAUGAUUCUCCUCAGUGCUCAAUAAUGAACUUAAAA